GGCGGCUGUCUAGAAGAAGUCAAAACAACAUUCGACUAACGACCGAAGGAGCCAUGACUGACCAUGAACGUCGUCCAUUAAUACCUCGAAGAAAGUCCUCAAACACAAGUACUUCGUCCAAGAACUCUAAUGUUUCGUUUUCUAGCGAGAUUCGUCGAGAAUCGACUACGAAGGUUGAUCAUUUUAUGAAAGAAUGCAGAGCAGCUUAUUUGUCUGUGUUUACGAGCACCAGCGAACCUAUAACCUCGAUGGAUGAAUUAGUUCUAGCCUUGCAGUUUGGGGGUAGAAAUCCAUCCAAGAAGAUCUUGCAGAAAUACUGGAAACCAACCACAGAUAAAAUAACCUACAAUGAGUUCUGUGAUAUAAUGCGCAAAGAGAAGCCUACAACUAAAGAGACAUUGAUGAAGGCAUUUAAGAAAAUUGAUAUCAAUGGCGAUGGAUACAUUACGUUUGAUGAACUAUUCAAGCUGCUGACCAUGAGAGGUGAACGAAUGACAAAAGCAGAAGUCCAGACAAUACUAGAUGAUGCUGAUUAUAAUGGAGAUGGGAAACUGGAUUAUCAUGAGUUCUCCAACAUGUUGACUUCAACAUCAGAAGAAUUCAUAAAGAAGAAUGUAAAAAAACUAACCUCUUCAGCAGAAAACAAGAACACAACAGGCAGAAAACAUAGAGAGGAAUCACCGAGCAGUGAGAAAAAGGCAAGUGUCUCUUCAAUUGAUCCUAAAGAAAAGACCACAAGGACAGAAGUGGAUAUCRAAGAACCGAGAAACCUGAAGAUGUGGUCAAAUGUGCAAAGUAAGGGCAGCUUCUUUGUAGAUGAAGAAGGAUCCAUUGUCAGUCAUCAUUUUAAACUGUUAAUUCCAAAAGAAACACAAAUAUGGUUGACAAUACAACCGAUUCCUUCACGAUCAGCCACUUCUGAUUUACGAUUGAUUGAUACUGAGUUGUUCAUCAUGGAUGACAGGUCAGGAGAACUUGUAGCAUUUACCUCAGCUAAACUUGGUUUGAAAUAUUGCUUACAGUGUCACUUACACAGAGGAAGUUACCACUUACUGACAUUUACGACUGGGUGUCGCCUGACAGCUCGUACAUUUGAGCCAGCAAAGACUGCUAAACUGACUCAAGGAACAGGAGAUCACAUGAAACUUACACAAACCUUCAGGACUGCAUUAACUGAAAUAUUCACACGGUCUGACUUGGACAGUAAUGGUUUCCUUAGCCGACAGGAAUUUGAUUUGUUUCAAAUGAGAACGAGUGGAGAACAUUGUGAUGACGAUGCAUGGGAGGUGAUGAAAGAAAAUUUUGAGAUGAAUGAAGAUGAAGAGAUAACACUGAAAGGAUUUCUGGAUUUGAACCUGAUGGAGGCUAAAGAUGCUGAUGGGGAUCCUGAUGACUUGUGGGUUACAAUGGGUAGUAUGGGGUACAACAAGGCUCUUGAACUAGACCAGGCUUGUUCAUUCUACCUGGACAUAUUUGUGAAGAAUUGUUCACCAAAGCUGACAGUUCUUGGUGUUGAAAGCUGCAAAGAAGAGUUAACCAAAGCUUUGAUCAGCUCCAUCAUCAAGAGUGGUGGCAAGAAAGAAAGCAUCAAAGGCAUGAGGGAUCUUGUUCUUUACAAGUAUGAAAGUCCUGAAAGAUGUACCAUUCUGAUCGAUAAUCAGUCACAUUCCGAUGUUACCCUUCGUGUUGACUGCAAAAGAAGUCAAAAUUGUGUGAGCCAUAAAGGAGAACUGGAUCAUGUGUUAGAGGUGGCGGCAGGAAAAACUGAGGUGGCUCACCAUAUCUUACCAGAAGACAACAGAAAGCAGUGGAGUGUUAAACAUCAUGUGACUAUAGAAAAAUAACUUGAACUGAAACAUACAGUAUAACAAGACUUAUAACAAGACUUUGUGUGACAUAAUUCUUUCAUUCAUGUGCUAACCAUAAUUGGAUUGGCUGGUAAAACGACUUAUCCUAGUAUAAUGGACCCUUCUUAUAACKGUAUUGAAUGCAAGGMUWACAUGAAAAUACAAAAGAAAUGCCACMAAYUCCAUCAAGAAAAAAGUCURAUUUMWUUUGURUUUCAAGUGAGCCUCCCAUCCAAGAUAAUAAUUUUGAGAAAGGCCCAUUGCUCUAUUUCACUAUGGCGUCACUGCAUCGCAUCACUGUUAUCUGGGCCAUAAAUACAAGCUAUAAAAUAAUGCAAAUCACCUAAAGCYAUUUGUAUCCAUCAUUGGAUGUUAGGGAUUAAAGAUAGGAUUUAGUUCUAUUGUAUCCAUUUAAAACACUUUUUUUUGCUGACCAAAAACAAAUUUUACACUUUGGCCCAAAUUCUUUCUCAGCAGACCUUGCUAGCAAAAGUACUAAAUUCACAUACCUAAUCUAAUCAGAUGUCCUUAAUCUAGAGGCAAAUUUUCCUGUGCUGAGUUUGUUCCAGGUUCUUGCUCUCCUGAACUAGUUUCGUGUACCUCUUCCUCUUCUUCUGUUGUCCAUUCAUCAUCAUCACCAGCCGCAUCAUCAUCACCAGCCGCAUCAUCAUCACCAGCUGCAUCAUCAUCACCAGCCGCAUCAUCAUCAGCAUCAGCAUCAACUUCAACUUGAACCUGAACUGGUGGUAAAUUUUCCAGCAGUCCUUCUAUUUUCUCACGGCUUGUGUUGUACGAGUCACAGUGUUGGCAUUUGUGUCCAAGCACGUGAAAUUUAACUUUGCUAUCCUGUUGGGUGUAAGUUAGACACUGUGUGAACAACAUGGCUUAAAAUUAUUAGUUACUUAUUGGAUACAGAUAGAAGAAAGUCUGUAGGCCUUUUAAGCUUGGGUGAAAAGUUUUUCUUGUACUAACUGUAUUAAAUACAGCUCCAAAAUCAGUGUCAGUAGGGGUUGUUGCUAGAUUGACAGUAUAUUGUCAGUAAUAUGUUGGCAGAUUCACAGUAAGUUCCCAUUUCGGAYCAUGUUUCAUUUCCUUGAGAAUAAGAUUCUUCAUUGGACAUGAUACUCUAGAGAAUGACACAUGGUAUGAAAUGGGAAAACCUUUCAAAACAGGUUGAUCCUUUUCCCAGUGUGAUAUCAUUAUCGAUUGAAGUCUAAUACAGUGCUAAUAUACCUGACAUAGUUUAUUUAAUAUAUUCCUAUUUAUUAAGACGGUAAACAAUCAUACCAAAUUAUCAAUUAAAAUCUAAAUACCUUUU